GAGCCCAUGAGGAGUUCCGAGUUCUUCGUGACUGUGCUGGUGAGAGUGCCACAGUCGCUCCGCUCGACUUUGAUAAUAUCAACGGCUCCUCGCUCCCAGACGAAGGGUUCAAGCCGGUGCCGCUUGACGCGCUGGGAGGCGGUGCUGGCCGUGAGAUAGUCGAGAUGCUGUCCCAGUCCGAGGGUCGGGCUCGCGUCGAGUUCGAGGGCCCGCGGAAGCUGUGCACCGACCCGGCGCUGCGGCCCCCCAAGCUGAAUGUCCAGCUGCUGCGGAUACUCGAGCGUCGGGACCUCAUCGGCUACAGCGCAGACAGGUCGCGCAACGUGGGCGUCUGCUUCAUUUUCAAGAAGUCAGGGAAGCUGCGGCGCAUCCUGGACGGCAAGCCCAUCGCGGUAGCGGAGGUCGACCUGGCGGACGCCUUCUACACGAUGCUGCUCCCGCCAAAGAUUCGACGAUACUUUGCGGUGCCUGGGCGUCGAGCUGGCCUGCUGGGGCUCGACCGCGCCACUGGCGGGCGCCAGCUCAGCGGGACAGACAUGGCCAUGCUGGAGGCGACCGCCCUGCGCGCGCUGCAGCUCACCGCCUCGAACAGUUUUGUUGACCGACGGCCCGUGCCUCAGGUUACCCAUGGGGCAGCGCACACAGCGCGCGUGGACAACGCGCUCAGUUUGUCGACGGACCAGGAAGUCGCUCGUGCUGCCGCCCGGGAUGCGGGCGCCCAGCUCAAGGCCGCGGGCCUGCCGACCCACGGUGGGGAGUGCAGCUUCGGGGCCGCGGCGCUGGGCUGGCAGUUCGGUGAGAAGUUCCCGAUCAUCGGCUUGAGCCCUGCGCUGCGCGCGGGCAAGAGCAGGCCUCCAAGGUUGAGGCCGCCA